CGGAGUGGACGACUAGGUUACGUAUGUAUUUAUUUAUUAUGCCAGCUGCUACAAACAGAUACCGACGCGAAUUAAUGAACAUUGCCUAGUUUGUGUGAGAGCUUUUAUUUACCGCAAUGAAAAACCAGUAGUGUAUAGUAGUGCCGCUAUAGUGUGCCGAAUUCGCCAAUCCAAUUAACUGGGAGAAGAGGUGGACGAAGAUCCUUAUUGACACAUAAAUAGAUGACGAAUGUGUGGUUCCGCCCUAGGAUAGGACCAUUCCAUAUCCUCCCUUGGAAACACAAGCCUAGGCAGCCGAUAGGCAACACUACAUUACCAAGGAGGGUUGCCCUCAGGAAGGCGCUGAACACAGGCGCUGAACAAUGAAUUGCAGCGGUUACGUUUGCCGGCCGACACCAGCGACCAUAGCUACAUUCAGUCGGAUCUCGUUCGCGCACUUGUUUGUAUUCCUUCUAGGCGCAUUAGUGUCUGUGUUUAGACUUUAAUUGGAAGCGAAAAGGAUUAAAGAAUAUGGAUUGUAUCAGUGGUUGGUGUAAGAGUAAACGCCGACUAGACGGACACACAGCCAUUGUCACCGGCUGUAACACCGGCAUUGGCAAGGAAACAGUAUCUGAUUUUUACGCCAGAGGGGCUCGCGUCAUAAUGGCAUGUCGGAGUACCGACAAAGCUGAAGUGGCCAAAAAGGACAUAGAAACAGAACAUAAAGCCAACACAAACGUUGGAAGUUUGAUAGUUGAAAGAUUAGAUGUGUCAAGUUUUAAGUCAGUUCGCGAAUUCGUUGGACGUAUUCUGGUAACUGAGCCUAAGAUUGAUCUCUUGGUGAAUAAUGCGGGAAUCAUGUAUUGUCCUGAAAGUAAAACAGAGGAUGAUUUUGAGAUGCACAUCGGCACUAAUCAUUUUGGACACGCCUUAUUGACGUUGUUACUGCUCCCGAGACUGAAUAAAUCUGGUCCUUCGAGGAUUGUCUGUGUCUCAUCGCUUCUACACAAAGAUACUCAUGAACUUGAUCUGGACAAUCUUAAUUUCGAGAAAUCGCCGUAUGACCCCAAAAAGGCAUAUAGUACUAGCAAGGCGGCUAAUAUUCUGUUCGCAAAAGGAUUGGCUAUAAAACUUAAAGAAAACAAUAUCAAAAACGUGACUACGUAUAGUUUGCAUCCCGGCGUCAUAAGGACCGAUAUCGGGAGGAACUUCGACGACACUGUCGGGUUUGGGGCCAAGUUUGCCUUCAAUUACUUGAUGGGACCUUUCUUGAAGUCCGUCAAAUGUGGAGCUCAGACGUCCAUAUACUGCGCCGUGGACGAGGCUUGUGCGGAGGAGAGUGGACUUUACUAUAGUGACUGUGCUGUGAAGCAACCGGCGACUAAGCUGUGUCGUGACGAAGAGUUGGCAACAACAUUUCUGGAACAUACUAUCAAAGUAUUAAAUUUAGGAAAUUAUAAUGCGUUUGGUGGCAAUGAUCCGCCGAAACAAUUGUUAGCUAAUUAAUUAUAAAUGUUACACAAACGCGAGAGUUUGCGUCCAACGUGGGACUAAUAAUAAUGCAUUCACUUGGUAAUUUUAAGUCUAAUCAGUGUAUAGUUUUAAAAUGGAGUGGUUUUUAAGCUUUGUACUAAAAGUUAUUUGAAUAUAGUACGAAUAACUUUAGUAUUACAUAGAUAUGAUAGUCAACUGCAUAGUGCUAUGCAGUGGCUAUUUUCAAAAAAGACAUCCGGCAAUAACCUCCACGCCCUACAAAAGUCGAUAUUGUAGAGAUGCCUGUACUGUACGCUAGUUCUACACGUAAUACCUAAUCAUUAAUGUACAUCCAUAAUGCGCGUAAAGAGAAUGAUAUAUGCUAAUUUAACCUAACGACUAAUGGAACUUUAAUUAAUUGUACGCUGAUAACAAUUAUUCAAAGAUUUCUUGUUGUGUGAAAAAAGUACUAGUAGAUAAAUACAAUGUUUGAAAAAUCUGCAGAUGCAGAUGAUAUUUUUUACUUUAAACAAAUUACUUAAAUGAAUAAUACUUAAAACGAUUGCAUUGUAAUGUUAAAUUAAAAAGGUGUAUCAAGAGGCACCUCCUACUAGGAGAUUUAAAAACAAAUAUUUUUGAAACUCAUAUCGUUCAUUUUAUUAGAUUUCUUUCCCGGCGAUGAUUAUAUUUAAAUGUAUAAUAAAAUACAUAUUAUUCCGCGCGGUGUCGGGUACCUCGAGAUCUAAAUCUUUAUGUACCUAAUGUAUAGGUUUCUAUGAAACAAGUGUCUGUUCUGAAUAAAACAAAAUGUGAUUCUUUAAAUAA